AUGGCUACAACCAAAGCAGUUUUUCCCCUGCUUUUCUCUCUCUUCGUUUUCUUUCUUCUUCUUCUUCCGCAUGCAUGCAUUGAUGCACAGUCGCUUAAGGUUUGCAAGUUUGAUGGAAUAUAUCAACUUGGGGACUCUGUCUCUGACACCGGCAAUUUGAUUCGAGAGAAGCCGGCUCUGCCCUUUGCUCGCCUUCCAUACGGCCAAACUUUCUUCAAGAAACCGACGGGCCGCUGCUCCAAUGGCUUGCUAAUAAUUGACUACAUCACUCAAGCAGCCGGAAUUCCACUUCUUGAUCCCUCUUUGGACACGGAUGCACUGUUCACUCGCGGCCGUGGAGAGAAUUUUGCUGUGGCGGGUUCCACUGCCUUGUCUGCAGAUGUUCUUGCAAAGAAAAACAUUUCACCAACACUCACCAACAGUUCUCUCAGUGUACAACUGGAUUGGAUGCUUAGCCAUUUCAAUGGGAUCUGUUUCAAUGCUAAUGAUUGUGCGGAGAAGCUCAAAACAGCCCUAUUCUUGGUGGGAGAAAUUGGAGGGAAUGAUUAUGAGUAUGCAUUGUUUCAAGGCAAAUCCAUUGAGGAGGUCACAGACUUGGUCCCAGAAGUUGUUCAGGCAAUAAAGGAUACUGUCACAAAGGUCAUUAGUAAUGGUGGUGCCCGAGUGGUUGUCCCUGGACUCUUCCCGAUAGGCUGUUUGCCAAUCUAUCUUACAGGAUUCCACUCCAACAAUUCGGCUGAUUAUGAUGAAUCUCACUGCCUAAAGAGGCUGAAUACUUUGUCAAUAUAUCACAAUGAUCAGCUGAAACAAGCCAUUGAAGUUUUGAGAAAAGAAAAUCCUGGUGUUGUUAUUGUAUAUGGUGAUUAUUACAAGGCUUCCCAAUGGGUUUUCAGUCAUGCUCCAGGCCUUGGAUUCGAUGCUGCAUCUGUGCAAAAAUCUUGCUGUGGUGUUGGAGGUGAUUACUUGUUUAGCAAGGAUAGAAUGUGCGGGAAUCCUGGUGUGCCGGUUUGUGCCAACCCAGAUGCACGCAUCAGCUGGGAUGGAGUCCAUAUGACAGGAAAGGCAAACCAGCAUAUAGCAAACUGGCUCAUCCAAGAUAUCUUACCAACACUUCAUUGCUAA